AUGGCCGCCAGCAUGUCCCUGGAUGUGGGAGCCGUGCGGUGUCGCGACAUCAAGCUAGGGCAGUCGUCCUUCACGAGGAGUGCGGAAUUUGCGAGCGCCGUUAAGAUGCCGUUGAACGCAGCAAGCACCCGGAGAUCCAACGGCUGUCGGCUGUCGCUGCGUGCGGCGAUGAUGGAGACGCCGCCGGUACCGAUGAAGAGCCACGAGGAGCGAAACCUGUACGUCCCAGUUCCUAUACAUCUCCCUCCGUCGUCUCUACUCUCCAUUCCCCGCAGCCCACACUUCGAGCAGUUCACGGCCAGCGUCCCAACUCACACUAUUGUAUCCCCCCCUCCCCUCCUCCCAACCCCUUUCUCCAACGACUUUUUUCUUUCCCUCUGCCUCCGUUCCAGGCCGCACAUUGAGCAGAUCAAGGCGCUCUCGCUCAUAACGGCCAUCAAGACGCCGUACCUGCCGGAUGGCCGCUUCGACCUGGACGCGUACGACGAGCUGGUGCAUCACCAGAUCGAGAACGGUGCAGAGGGGUUGAUCGUGGGCGGGACCACGGGCGAGGGGCACCUGAUGAGCUGGGACGAGCACGUGAUGCUGAUCGCGCACUCGGUGUACUGCUUCGGGAACAAGCUCAAGAUCGUGGGCAACACGGGCAGCAACAGCACGCGCGAGGCCAUGCACGCCACGGAGCAGGGCUUCGCCGUGGGCAUGCACGCCGCGCUGCAGAUCAACCCCUACUACGGCAAGACGUCGCUGGACGGACUCCGGAGCCACUUUGAUGUGGUGCUGUCCAUUGGCCCAUCCAUCGUCUACAAGGUGCCUGCCAUUGUUCUGAGUGCUCCCACUCCCCCCCCCCCACCCCCCUUCCCCACCUCCCCUUCCCGUCCUCCCCUUCCCCGCCUUCCCUGCAGUGUGGUGCUGCCAAUGGGCCCUGCCAUUGUGUACAACGUGCCGGGCAGAACGGGGCAGGACAUUCCUCCCUCAGUCAUUGAGGCCAUUGCCACACACGAGAACUUUGCCGGGGUGAAGGAGUGUGCGGGCAACGACCGCAUCGGCGGGUACGCACAGAAGGGCAUUGUGGCGUGGAGCGGCAACGAUGACCAGUUCCAUGAUGCGAAGUGGAACCACGGCGGUCAAGGUGUCAUCUCCGUCGUCAGCAAUCUCGUUCCAGGCAAGCCACUUCGUUCCCUGUAUUUCAGACUCGUGACCCAGCUGCUCAAGGGCCCUAAUCCAGAGCUGAAUGCGAAAAUUGCUCCUCUAGUGAACUGGCUAUUCGUGGAGCCGAACCCCAUUGGUCUCAACACUGCACUGUGUCAGCUGGGGCUCGUGAGGCCAGUCUUCCGCCUGCCAUAUGUGCCGCUGAAUAAGGAGAGCCGGCAGAAGUUUGUGGACAUUGUACAUGAGAUAGGGUUGGAGCACUUCCCAGGGGCCAAGGAUGUUCGGGUGAUGGAGGAUGAUGAGUUCCACAUCAUCACGCGGUUUUAUUAG